AACAAAGCAAACCUUUUCGGGUUCAAGUCGCUGGCAGCGUCCUUUAUUUUGUAAAUGCAAAUUAAUUUCGACGUAACCAGGCUGCUCUUAACAUCCUCUAGAAAAAUACUGCUCAAAUAUUUGAAAUAUUCAAGAAUUUAAAAGAAUACGCGCAUCCUUUCUUUGUUGUUUGCCGUGCAUGAAAGGGUUGAAAAACAACAACUAAAACGAAACGUGUACGUGAUUUAAAUAAUAAUAGUAUCAAGCUUUUAUUUUUAAAUUCACACCGGAACUUUCUCGCUUUAAGAAAAACGUCUUUAUGAUGGUGUUGACUUAACGCUGUCAAAACUCCCCACUAUAAAAAGACACAUGAGCUAGAAUUUGAAAUAUAAAUACUAUCUUGGCAGACGUCGUUUAGCUGACUGUUUUACUUGGACCUGUGUCACCUUCUCCUCCUGUGUUCGGCACGAUGGACGUGAAACAGCCAAUUCCCGGCGGUGUGCCUGGCGGUGAUGGCAAGGAUAAAUUUAUGAAAAGUCAUCAGGUUGCCUUUUACAGGCGGCAGACACAGGGUCCCAAAAUGCAGUACCAAGCCCUUUUAGAUACACUCAUCCUCACUGAGAAAGGAGCACGCUUCGAGUUGCUUGAACCAAACAAACAGAGCAUGCUGUAUGUGAGCGUGUCACCCUGCAAAAACAACACGGUGAGGAUAGUCAUUGAUGAACUGAAGCCCAUCAAACCUCGCUACAGGGUGCCGGAUGUGCUAACCCAGGAGCCAAAGUGUGAAAUGGUGAGACUGGAAGAGCGGCAGGCUGACUCAGUGACGCUCUCUUGGACCUCAGGGCUCUACAGGUGCCACGUGUGGCGGUUACCUUUCCGCCUGGAGAUCCAGUGCGAUGACCAAACAGUGAUGACGUUCAACGCGCAGAGCAAACUGUGGUUCGAGACCCUGCGGGAACGUUCCCAAGAGGCUGAGGCGGACACAAGUGAGGACAACUUGUGGAGAGAGACCUUCAGGGACUUUGUGGACAUCAAAGCGAACGGACCCACUAGCAUUGGCGCUGAUUUGCGUCUCCACGGAUUCCAUGAUGUGUUCGGCAUCCCAGAACACUCCGACAGUCUCCGUCUGGCAGACACCAGAGAUGACGAACCUUACCGACUAUACAACCUGGAUGUGUUCGCUUAUGAAAUCCACAGCCAUCUGAGCAUAUACGGCAGCGUCCCUCUACUGGUGGCCCACAAGCAGGACCGAACUCUCGGGGUCUUUUGGCUAAACGCCUCAGACUCCUUUGUACACGUCAACUACAGCCAGGAAGAAGACGGACCGCUACCCCACACAGACGUUCACUGGCUGUCCGAGAGCGGGGUGAUAGACUGCAUGGUUCUGCUGGGCCCGAGUCCGGCGCAGAUGUACCGCCAGUAUGCCGAGCUGACUGGGUACCAGACCCUACCUCCUCUGUUCACCUUGGGCUACCACCAUUCGCGCUGGGACAAGGACAGCCAAGAGGAGGUGGCAGAGGUGGACGCCGGGUUCGACCGCCACCAUGUUCCAUAUGACGUCAUGUGGCUGGACAUCGAACACACGGAUGAGAAGCGCUUCUUUACCUGGGACCCGAAGCUGUUUCCUGACCCAGCCAAACUACAGUGCUACCUAGAGAAGAAGAACAGGAAGUUGGUGGUUAUCAUUGAUCCCACUAUCAUGGUCGAUCCUGAUUGGUCGCUGUACCAAGAGGGGCGAGACGGAGCACAUUUUAUCAUGGACAGGGAGGGGCAGAUAUACCAGGGCAAUUGCUGGCCAGGCAAUUCACAUUACCCAGACUUCAGCAACCCGCAGACACGGGCUUGGUACGCCAAGUGCUUUGCCCUAGAUCGAUACAAGGGCUCAACACCAUCAUUGCACGUGUGGCUGGACAUGAACGAACCCACCGUGUUCUCCGGGCCAGAGUUGUCGUUGCCUAAAGACACGGUGCAAUUUGGGGGCUGGGAACACCGAGAGUUGCACAACCUGUAUGGCUUUCACCAGCAUAUGGCAGCAGUGGACGGCUUAAUGACCCGCUCUGGAGGUUCCGAGAGACCUUUUGUCCUGUCCCGCGCCUUCUUUGCCGGGACCCAGAGACUCGGCGCAGUUUGGACGGGCGACAAUCUCUCCACUUGGGAGUAUCUGCGGAUCUCCAUCCCAAUGUGUCUGUCCAUGUGCGUAGCAGGCAUCUCGUUUUGCGGAGCUGACAUUGGAGGUUUCAUUCCCGAGCCAAGUCCUGAGUUGCUGGUGCGCUGGUAUCAAGCAGCAUGCCUGCAACCAUUCUUCCGAGGUCACUCGUCGAUGAACACUAAGCGGCGGGAGCCCUGGCUUUUCGAGGAGGAGGUGACCAAAGCCAUCCGAAGUGUCAUUCAAGAGAGGUAUCGCUUGCUACCGUACUGGUACACGCUCUUCUACCGGGCUCACACCAGUGGCUUGCCUGUGCUCAGGCCUUUGUGGAUGGAGUUUCCUCAUGAGAAGAUCAUCUUCAGCAUGGAACACCAGUACAUGCUGGGAGAAGCGCUCAUGGCGUGUCCCGUCACAGAAUCUGGUGUAACCGAGCUUGAAGUCCUCUUUCCCGGAGCGGAGCAGCUUUGGUAUGACGUCAAAUCGACAGACGUUCACCAAGGAGGCGUGACUAAGAGUCUUCCGGUAACCUUGGACACGAUUCCGGUGUUCCAGCGAGGCGGUACAAUGGUGUGCCGUGCCAUAGCGGUUGGGACUUGUACAGCCGAUCUUCAAAAGACUCCACUUGCCCUCACAGUGGCUUUGGACGCUCAAGGUGCCGCCAAAGGUGAGGUGUACAUGGACGACGGCCACACCUUCUCGUACCGUGACAAGAAGGAAUUCUGCCUGCGCUCCUUCUGCAUGCUGGAGGGACGCCUGCAGUGCCGAGCUACCUGCGAAGCAGGGAUCUACAAGUGCGGCAUAGCGGUGCGCUCGGUGCACAUCUUGGGAAUGCAAGGCACGCCGGCAGAGGUGAAAGUUUACCCAGGGGGGAGGGAGGAGAGCAUCUCAGUGGAAUUCGAGUACCACCUGGAACGACGACACAUAAGCAUCGGCAACUUGGAACUUAGCCUGGAUGACGAUUGGGAUAUCCAGAUAUGUUGACUUCCUGUCGCAGUGUGCAUUUGACCUUGAAGGGACAGCCAACAUACAGAAAAAAAUCUUGUUUAAUAUAUAAAAAACACAGAAUGUCAUUAAAGCCAACAUUUCCAGGACGAGGCUGUCCGUAGUGCAGGGAGCCAUUUUAUUAAUGCUGGUACUAUUUUAGCCAAUCAAAUGUGGGUAACCCAGAUUGCCCGAACUUCCUUGUGAAGUCAUUCAUACUCAACAUCAAUCAGAAUUUGCAUGGGUAUAACUGAUGUCACAGCAAUUGCUGCACUCAAUAAAGAUGGUGUCUGUCCCUUUAAGAGAUUUUACUUUACAAACAGCAAGUUAAAUUCUAUACUGAUCAAAAAUAAAUGAUAUACCUGUG